AUGUCCCUUGUACCAGAACACGACGAUUACCGCAUGACGAGUCCUCUGAACACACGCGGUGGUGAGGCUGAAGUUCAACUUCGUAAAUCAUGCCCGAGCUCCAUUGGCUACGAGAACACCAAUGCGCUGCCGAUAGACUGUUACACCGAUGCUUUCGGAAACACAUACAGUUCAUCAACGUUCACUAAUGCCUGCGACUAUGACACAUCUUUUCUAAGCAACACUUGGCCCACCGGAGCAGCGGCAGCACUCGACUUGCCGCUCGCAGGGGCAGUUUACCCGUCGCCCAUUCCUAUUGUCUCUCGUCCAUUCGACGCCUCCCCCAAUGGGAUCGGCCCUAUGGCAUCAAAUGGCUGGCAAAUGGACGCCGAAUAUUUGAUGCAGACAAGCCCGGGCACGCCAUGGCGGCAUGAUCCGCGGGCUGGUUCUGGAGGCCGUGAUAAUACAACGACAAGGUCGAGCAUCUUGAAGACGGACGUCUGGAGUCCAGACACCUGCAGGACCGAGAGCAUACCCCAUUCGAACGCGACGACAGAUGAGACCAAGUACAAAAAUUGCGCCGACUCGCCGCAGCCCAGUUCGCCACGCAAGAGGAAGAAGUGCGGUGCCGCAGGGUCAUGUCAAGAGACGAGUUUAAAGUGCAAGACUUCAGCGUUGACAAUUCCUCCGACGUCCACCACCAAUCCAUCGAAUUCCCCCGUGCCCCUUGCCCCCAACGUCAGCUUUGAUCCGCCAGACACAGACGCCCACCCGAAUCCAAUCCGACCACAAAGCUCCAGAAGGGCAGCUUCCAGCAACGAUAUGCAGCGGGGCGCGCGGUCGCCUCCAGCAGCAUCACGAUCCGAGCAGCGCGCCCGCAACAGGGCUGCCGCGAUCAAGUGCCGCGUCAAGACCAAGGCCGCGGCCGCAGAGCUCGAGGCCACGGAGAAGGCCGAGUCGGCGAGACACGAGCACCUGUCGACGACCCUCCGGGGCCUGCAGGCGGACGUGUUUGCUCUCAAGAGUGAGAUCCUGCUGCACGGCAACUGCGGCGACGGGCUCAUACAGGACUACCUCAACAACGCGGCGAGAUCGUUGGCUACUAGCACUGAUGGAGCCACCGAGUGCAGACCGGGCGGUGGGUUGCCGAUUUUCGGCUCCACAUCCAUGCAGUUGUCACGAUGA